UUAUUUCAUAGAAUAACGUGUGCAGCAGGCAGCACUAGGGAGGAAACCGAGACAUUUUUGAGUCAUCCCCAAUACUGCUCAGCCCCCACCAUAAAAGCGCAGUGGGCUUCCUCCUGCCCGGGCUUCUUCUUUUAACGGGCGGCACAAACCACCUGAAUUAAUCUGCAUAUUCACAUGAUCGCAAAUAAGGAACAGCCGGCGGCCGGGCGGCAGCGUCUCAAGUACCCUUCACCUAUAAGGAAAAGCAGUAAGUGUAGACGUCUCUGCAACUGUGAGAGCAUCAUGGUGGCGUUCAAAGGAGUCUGGACUCAGCCCUUCUGGAAAGCUGUCUCAGCAGAGUUCUUGGCCAUGCUAAUUUUUGUCCUCCUCAGCCUUGGCUCUACAAUCAACUGGGGCGGAUCUGAGAAGCCCCUACCUGUCGACAUGGUCCUUAUCUCUCUCUGCUUUGGACUCAGCAUUGCAACCAUGGUGCAGUGUUUUGGACACAUCAGCGGAGGCCAUAUUAACCCUGCGGUGACCAUUGCGAUGGUCUGCACUAGGAAGAUCAGCCUUGCCAAGUCUGUUUUCUACAUCGUCGCCCAGUGCCUGGGGGCCAUCGUGGGGGCUGGCAUCCUCUACCUUGUCACUCCACCCAGUGUGGUGGGCGGCUUGGGAGUCACGACGGUACAUGGAGAUCUUUCUGCUGGCCACGGACUCCUGGUGGAGCUGAUAAUUACAUUCCAGCUGGUUUUUACUAUUUUUGCCAGCUGUGAUUCAAAACGAAGUGAUGUCACUGGUUCAGUAGCCUUAGCAAUUGGAUUUUCUGUUGCAAUUGGACAUUUAUUUGCUAUCAAUUACACUGGUGCCAGUAUGAACCCUGCCCGAUCAUUUGGACCUGCUGUCGUCAUGGGGAAAUGGGAAAACCAAUGGGUGUAUUGGGUAGGGCCAAUAAUUGGAGCAGUUCUUGCUGGUGCUCUUUAUGAAUAUGUCUAUUGCCCAGAUGUUGAACUUAAGCGCCGUUUUAAAGAUGUGUUCAGCAAGGCCGCUCAGCCAUCCAAAGGGAAAUACAUGGAGGUGGAUGAUAACAGGAGCCAUGUAGAGACUGAUGACCUGAUCCUGAAGCCUGGUGGUGUUCAUGUGAUUGAUAUCGACAGGGGUGAAGACAAGAAAGGGAGAGAUCCGUCCAGCGAGGUAUUGUCUUCUGUAUGACUAGCAAGGAGCACUGAAAGCAGAGAGCAGCCUGCUAGCAUGUCCACAGAUAUCCUUCCACCUAUUAAAGAAACAGAUCUCCUGUAAACUAAGCAUCUACCAUUUCCCAGAAGGUAUGGUGCACGAUACUGGCAUCACCAAACUCAGAAGGAAUACUAGAAUCUUACCAGAAUUAGGAUUCCCUACACAUUACUCAAAAUUAAGAGAUGUCCCUAUUCUCUUCCUCUCCUCCUUUAUGGAACAACUCCAAAGUCAAAAAUGAGAUGAAAGCAUUCUCCUCUAAUAAAUCAGUCAAUGAAAUGAAGAUAGAGAUGUUUAACAUUCAGAUUGACAGUUAAGAUGUAUCAGGAAAUGCCUAUAGACAUGAAGAUCUACUUAUCAGAUUGUUCUUCUGACACUUAAUUGGCUGUUGUCAACUCUGAUUAAGACAUCUUACCCAUAAGUGUUCUUUGCUAGGUCCAGGGACAACAUCAAUGGUAUUUAAGACUUAUAUCCAAAGUCAAGCAAAGGAAUGUUGUUUCCGUUUGCACGUAUCAUUAUUGCCUUGCAAACUACCUCUGAAAAAAUAAUAUUUUAUAGAUUUUUAAAAAUCUCACCCCAUCAAGUUUCACUCAUUUGGUUUCCAGUAUAAAUAUAUUACUUUUAUACAUUUCCAGGAGUAAAUACAUUGAAACUGAAAAUUAAAACCUAUUGUAAUAAGGCUGCAAAGUAUUUGACUGUUCUUCAUAUUAGCUCAUGUCACUGUCUUUCUGGUGAAACAUUCUCCUGAGGUUUGACUAUUGACCAUUUAGUGCUAGCAGACUCUCAAGGUCAUGCAGAGAAUAUGAAGGCUCUCCUGUUACUUAAUAACUCAAGAGAUAUCAGAAGAAAAGAAAGCGUAUCUGUUUUCAGUGCACUUGUUCAAACACACAUUUCUGUGCCAAUUUAU